AUGUAUGCAAUGCAUGCACCUUACGUAUGUAGAGCCUGGGUGAGAUACAUUGCCUUGCUUGGACGGAAGCCAGCCAGCCUCUACUAGCACUGCCUCAAGCGACAACUUCGUCUACCAACAUCUCCGACUCUUCUCUUUCCAUUCUCCCUCAACAACCCUCGACUCGUUCUAGACAGUGGUAGUAGAGAGCUAUACUCCUAUCACGAAGCAAUCGUUCAUCAUGGCGGCCCCUCAGGUUCACCACCUCUUCCACGCACCCAUCGCAGACCAUUCCUUCUCUGCCGACCGCCAGACGCUGGCUAUCGCUCGCGAUUCCACCAUUGAGCUCUACGGACCUACUGGAAACUCUUUCAAGCUCAAGGAUGAGCUCAAGGGACAUGACAAGACCGUCACGAGUGUCGAUAUUGCUCCCAACAGCGGCCGCAUUGUCUCCUGCUCCCAAGACCGGAAUGCCCUCGUCUGGGAGCCCUCACCGACCGGUUACAAGCCCACACUUGUCCUCCUUCGAAUCAGCCGCGCCGCGACUUUUGUGCGAUGGUCUCCGUCCGAGACCAAGUUCGCCGUCGGAUCGGGCGACCGCGUAAUUGCUGUCUGCUACUUUGAGGAGGAGAACGACUGGUGGGUGUCGAAGCACCUGAAGAAGCCCAUCCGCAGCACCAUCACAUCCGUCGCAUGGCACCCCAACUCCGUUCUUCUUGCCGCCGGAUCCACCGACGCCCACGCCAGGGUUCUGUCCAGCUUCAUCAAGGGCGUCGACGCCCGCCCUGAGCCGACCGCUUGGGGUGAACGGUUGCCGUUCAAUACCGUCUGCGGAGAGUAUCUGAACAACUCUGCCGGCUGGGUGCACUCUGUCUCCUUCUCACCGAGCGGAAACGCCCUGGCCUUUGCUGCUCACGACAGCAGCAUUACCGUCGUAUACCCCAGUGCCCCUGAACAGCCUCCCCGGGCCGUUGUCACUAUCAGCACCCAGCUGCUACCCUUCAUGAGCCUUCUGUGGAGUUCAGAGGAUGAAAUCAUUGCCGCAGGCUAUGACUGCGAGGCCUUCCGCUUCAAGGGCGACGAAGGCGGCUGGGGCCUUGCUGGCACACUCGAGUCAAAGGGCCGACCCGGCCUUAGCGACGCCCGCGAAGAGUCUGCGUUGAACAUGUUCAGGCAGAUGGAUCUGAAGGGCAAGGCUACUGACGACACCAAGCUCAAGACGGUACACCAGAACACUGUCACCACACUUCGUUCCUAUGAAGAGUCUGGCGGUAACCUGACAAAGUUUACCUCCAGCGGUGUCGACGGGAGAAUCGUCAUUUGGAGCACUUAGACAACUUUUCAUAGCAAGCUUUCAAUGGAAAUACCACGAUGUUUCAGAUA